AUGGCCAUUCGGAUCGCACGAGGAUACCGAACGGUCUCCUUUGAGGCGGCAACUCUACUGGCUCGUUUUCCGCCGUUGGAUAUCCUGGCGGAUAUGGACGCGAAAGUCUAUGACCAAAUUCGUUCAAUCCGCCAAAACGGCGGAAGGAUGCCAGAAACGGUGUUCGUUAGGCUAAGGCGGCGGGAAAGGCGACACGCGCUUGAGCGGUGGCGUGAGCGGUUAGAACAGCCGGAAUACUCACGCAAGCGCGUUGUCGAAGCCAUUCUGCCGCACUUCGAAGCCUGGCUGAAGAGAGAGGAGCGCAUCUCUUUCAGGCUCACUCAGGUGCUGACCGGACAUGGUUGCUUCGGUGAGUACCUGAACAAGAUUGGGCGAGAGGCUACAACAAAUUGCCACCAUUGUGAAAGCAACUUGGAUUCCGCACAGCACACGCUUGAAGAGUGCCCAGCGUGGGCCUCAGAGCGGCGGGUCCUAGUUGCCAGGAUCGGGCGAGACCUGUCUCUGCCAGCAGUAGUUACGGCUAUGCUGGCAGAGACAGAAAACUGGAGGGAAGUUGCCACCUUUUGUGAGACUGUAAUGUCCCAAAAGGAGGCUGCUGAGCGGGAUCGAGAGAGGGCCGAUCCCACACGUCGAAGGCGUCGAGGAAAUAACCGCCGCGGCGCCUAA